AUGGGCUCCUGUUUCUCGAAGCCACAACCACGCCAGGGUCAUGUGCUGGACUUUGGCCAUGUCCCAGUCGGGAAUGCUUCGCACACCAUAGGAAAUACGCAUAGCAGCAGUCAAGCUCCUCUCUUUUCCCUGUCAGACGGGGCUUUGCCCGCAUAUCCGGCUGAAGAAAGAUCGAAGGCUGACAUCAUCCGCCUCGUCCAAGAAGCCAACAAGGAGGACGCUUUCCGGCCGCUCCGGGAGAAAGGAUACCAGGUGUACAUGGACGAGAACCCCAAACAGGACGCUGAAGCCCGGCGUUGCAUAAAGCUCGUUGGUGCAUUUCUCAGGCUUCUGGCGGAAGCAUACGGGUGCGAAAUGAGCUUCUUCUUCACCAGCUACAGCAACAGCGACGGCGUCUACGUCUCGGAGGCAAAGUCCAAGAUGGCCGAGGCGCUGGAUCAGCUUUUCAAGACUUCAUCCUGGGACGAAGCUGCAGCAAUCGUGGAAGACUCACAGACUCUCCAAAAUAUGGGAUUUCAGGCGUGGAUGCGGAAACUCGUCAACGAUGAGAAAAACAAGUCGGUCAUGGGGCGUAUGUCGGAUGUCGAAAUGCACAAUCAGCUACUUAGCCACGUUCGCGAGGAAAAGAUCGGGUUUUGGCAAGGCUGGACAGCUGAAGAUUUGACACUCGACAAGCUCGUCGCUGCCUACGACACGGCUGUCGAGGAAGCGCGGGCCCAGCCGAAACUCCGGAAUAGCAUUCGCUUCACCAUUGAGCGGUCCAUCGCAUUGCAGUCGCGGUUGUCUAACGACGAGGAGUCGCAUCCUACCAACAUCAUCUUGCUCACGGCAUCCCCCUUGGAAUUCAAGGAAGCAGAACUGAUCAAAAAGCAUUUGAAAGCCGUCAAAGGAGGAGGUUCCGAGUUUUCCAUACAGGUAGUUCUUUUCGACGGCAAUCUGUCAAAAGAGGUGGCGAAAUAUCAUCGCCAGCUAGACGAGCUACAAUCAGGCGACAGAGACAUAUACAGUACUAUCUCCUUCAACGAGGCCAAGUUGCUUGGCGAAGGCUUGAGCUCACCUGCCCUGAAGACGAUCUUGAACGGUCACUCCAGAGAAGUCACUCGGACGAAGCUCAGCGCGGACCAAAAGUACGGCAUCCACGGGGGGGGCCCAUUCAAACUCCCAGCAGUGGCCGAACUACAAAAAGCUCUUGGACUUGAGACAAGCCGUCCCAACGAACAGACUCUCGUAUUUGGCGAUGUACAGGCGCCCGUAGCCGACUUGAAAGAGGCUGGAGACGGAAAGGUCUAG